AUGGUUAAGUUAGUUUUAGUUAGACACGGUCAAUCCGAAUGGAAUGAAAAGAACUUGUUCACCGGUUGGGUCGACUGUCGUUUGUCCGACGUCGGUAAGAAGGAAGCUGCCAGAGCCGGUGAAUUGCUCAAGGAAGCUGGAAUCAAGGCCGACAUUUUGUACACCUCCAAGUUGUCCAGAGCCAUCCAAACCGCCAACAUCGCCUUGGACCACGCCGACCAAUUGUUCGUUCCAGUCAAGAGAUCCUGGAGAUUGAACGAAAGACACUACGGUGCUUUGCAAGGUAAGGACAAGGCCCAAACCUUGGAAACUUACGGUCAAGAAAAGUUCCAAAUCUGGAGAAGAUCUUUCGAUGUUCCACCUCCAACCAUUGAGGACGACUCUGAGUUCUCCCAGGUCGGUGACGUCAGAUACAGCGAUGUCGACCCAGCUGUGUUGCCAAAGACCGAAUCCUUGAAGUUGGUCAUUGACAGAUUGUUGCCAUACUGGCAAGACGAGAUUUCCGCUGACUUGUUGGCCGGAAAGACCGUUUUGGUUGCUGCCCACGGUAACUCCUUGAGAGCUUUGGUCAAGCACUUGGACAAGAUUUCCGACGAGGAAAUUGCUGGUUUGAACAUCCCAACUGGUAUUCCAUUGGUCUACGAAUUGGACGAGAAGUUGCAACCAACCAAGCCUGCCUACUACUUGGACCCAGAAGCUGCUGCUGCCGGUGCUGCUGCCGUUGCUGCUCAAGGUUCUAAGAAGUAA